AGCCCAGUGAGCGCCACCUGGUGGAUCAACGUGAGGACAGCAGCCGGCAGCAGGAGUCCAAUCAGCCCAGUGAUGAGCUGCAGCUGCUGCCUGCAGGAGGACAGCAGCAGUUUAACUGUGAGGCUCCACUUCCUCCUGUCACACCUUUACAAGUGUUCGCUGUUAAAGAUGCCGCGAAGGAACAACUUCAGAUUUAAAACUGUUCUGCUCUUAUUUCUGCUCAUAUUUGGUUCAUGUUGGAGACGCAGCGACUCACAGGUGAACACAGACGAAGCCAACAAGCCUCCAGACGGACGCGGCGGAGAGGGCGGGGCCUUCUUCGCCCUGCGGAGCUGCCACCAGCUGCUGCAGGGCGACGCCGGCGAGUUCUUCUCCCCGGACUACCUCUGCUCCAGCCCGCCUCUGUGGUGCAACUGGACCGUCCAGGUGGAUCCUGGAAAGAGGGUCCACCUCCACCUGGAGGACCUGACCCCCGAUGAUGCCUGCCACCUCAAACAGGACCAGCUCCACGUGGACGAGCCCGCCGGACAUUUGGUGGGUCACAAGGUUCUGCAGAAGUGCUGGCGGGAGGCCAAGUUCACCUCCUCCUCCAACACUCUGUACGUGGUGCUGCUGAUCGGAGGCUGGCCCAGUCCACCCUACAGGGGCUUCUACGCUCGCUACCAGGCGUUUGGACCACCGGUGGUGUACAACCCACAGGACGGGUUCUCAAAGAGAGACCGGAAGUCAGAACCGACUCUGGACUUCAGUGAAUAUGGACCAGAACUGAACGGUGAACAGAUGCAGCAGCAUUCUGAUCUCAUGUACGAUUAUUAUGAUCAACCUCGGGUCAGAACAGCUGAGCCCGAGGAGGACGCACCGCCCGAGGAGGACGCACCGCCCGAGGAGGACGCACCGCCCGAGGAGGACGCACCGCCCGAGGAGGACGCACCGCCCGAGGUGGAUGAAAACCUCCACCCAGCCUCAGAGAACUACACCCGGGUCCUCCUGCUCACAGCUGCUCCCACAGUACCAACAUCCACUCAGGGGACCCCUCGGUCUGGAAGAGGUAUCACUGAAUCCCCCUCAGACCCGCCUGACCCAGACAUCAGUCCUGCAUCCCCACAGCAGCAACAUGACGGUCAGAACCAGCAGCUCGGACCCUCCUCCACCCCAACAGCAGCACAGAGGGAGGUGGAGGCAGCUGCUGCUCCGGAGGGCGAGGGCAGCACACGGAGCCUGACGGAGGAGGCUGGUGGGAACAGGACGGAGGUCAGCGAGGAGUCGGACCAGCUUCUUCCUCCGUCUGAAGGACCAGAACCAGAACCAGAGCAGGCUGAGCAGACUCCUCCUCGCCCCAACAUGGUGGAGCCGCUGUCGUCCCACAGAGGGAACUUCAACGUUAGAAAUCACUCUGACAGUCCACAUCUUCCUGGUGAUCACCUGUUUGAAGUGGCCGUUGAGGUGAACUUCAGUCCGGAGGGGGAGGAGUCCUGGGACGACCUGUCCAGGGCCCUGCUGCUGUCAGUGAAGGCUCUGAUCGGCGAGGAGCUGAAGAGUCUGCACACGCCGCUGUCCCUGUCCUCAAAGAGGAUAAAAAGGCUCAGUGUUGGAGUGCUGUACAUCCUCUGGCUCCACAUGGGACAGGGGCCUCGAAGUCCUCAGGUCCUGAGGGUCGUCCACUCCGCCCUGCAGGACCUCCUCGAGAAGAGUGUCGGCGUCAGAGGAAACCCUAAGAAAGGUGUCAUCGUCUCGCUGUCGACUGCAGAUGUAAACGAGUGUGGGACCCAGCUGGUGCUGUGUGACAUGAACGCAGACUGUGUGGACCAUUACGGGUCGUACUCGUGCCGCUGCAGACCGGGCUUCAGAGACGAGUCCCGCCUUGGAUCAGGAGGAACCGUAUGUGUUGAUGUGACGGCUGCAGGUUGCAGCUCCGGUCUGUCCUCGGAGACUAAAGGCGUCUACGUGCUCUUCUUCCUGCUCAGCUCGCUCGUCCUGAUGCUGCUGGCGGCGGCCGGCCUGCUGUACCACCGUCACCACCGGGGGGCGUUCCUGGUUCGCUGCCACAGCCACGGCAGCAUCUCUCCUCCUGACCCCAGCAACAACAACCACCACCACCACCGCCAGCAUCACCAUGACGACUGCUACUCAAGCACCGUUGACUCUGACCUGCCUCCUCCACCUCCACCUGUCCGGGGCUUCAGGGAGGCGUGGCUUCAGGGGAAGGAGCGCUGCCCGGUCGUGGACCUGCCGCUGCUGCGCUUCAGCCCGCUGAUGCCGCCUGAUGGCCACCUGCCGCCGCAGGAGGGCGUGAAGCUGUGACGCUCCUCAGUGUCUGAACUGAUUUCACUUUGUUGUAUGUGAUGCUGUGGUCCACGCUCGCAAUAAAGUCACAACAGAAACUAAAGUCCUCGCUGGUCUGACUCUGCUUCACCAGAACAACAAGAUAUUUAAUAAACUCCCAAACGUGACGGACUGCUGCUGUUCUGAUCGUUCUCACCCUCGAGUGGCUGCGUGUCUGUUGCUAAUGCUAGCUAGCUAACGACAGGACCUUGUGGUACGAUGUCCCCAAACUGAUGAAACACAGAUACCACGUGACGUAAACGAGCUCUCCAGAUGUUUGAUUUGUUGGCCAUUAUUGUAAUAAAUCAAUACUGAAUACGUCAUGACACGAUGGCUUGUGUUGACUGCAUCCUCUGAGACAACCUCCACACAAUUCCCCGUCUUUUUCUGCAGAAGUGACCAAUGAGGGGAGUCUAGUUGGUCCAGUUUGCAGCGUGGAGUGUCUGUCUCAGAUCUUUAUUCUAAGCGUUGGACGACGUCAUGGAAAAGAAGCGCGACAGAGAACUCAGACUUUUCUGUUUCAGCAGCUCUUGAGGGAUGAAGACGUCCGUUAGACUGGACCAGAGUGACUCUCUGGCUCAAGGACACUUCAGCAGGACACAUGUUGUGUUGUGGACCUCCCAGUUUCAAACUAGCCACCUCUGCCUCGCUGUGUGCAGGGAGUGGGAAGUGUAGUGUGUGUGUGUGUGUGUGUGUGUGUGUGUGUGUGUGUGUGUGUGUGUGUGUGUGUGUGUGUGUGUGUGCGCUGGCCCACCUCGUCAGAACCACUUUAAUAGGCUUACAGCAGCUAAUCCCGGCCGGUGUGCCGUCACAUGGGGAGUCUGCUGACCCGACUCUGGUUUAUUACUGGGGUCUCGUCCCCUCGUCUUCUCCUGCCUCCACCUGCUGGAGGUUUACAGCUCAGAGAACCAGCCGGACUUCAUCAAGGUUUGGUUUUACGGCACGUUUCCUGCCUGACUGCAGUUUUGUCUCGAGGUUGCGUUGUGGUCUGAGAUCUCGUCUGCGUCACACCGGCUCCUGCAUCGCUCGUGUUUCUGCACUUUGACGAGCUGAUGAAGAAAAGUGGAACAUUUAGCAGAUGAUUCUCAUCAGGAGCUGGUGGAGAACAAAACCAGAGCUACAAGAAGCUGAAUAUUAGAUUUCAGAAGUGAGCAGCUGUUUGAACGUAUCAGUAAAGAUGCUCGACACGAUGCUUCGUCUCCGGCAGCUUCUCUGAAAGUUACCACAAAAGUAUCAACGAAAAAAAAAGUCCCUGUUUCACUCUGAAGAAUAAAAUGCUGCUUGUGAUUAAAGACUCACUGAAGCUGUAACGUUAAGUUGAUCCGUUCUGAUAACUGAUUAAUCGUUUCACUUUUCAAGCUAAGAUCUAAAACAUUUGCUGCUUCCAGCUUCUUGAAUGUGAUGAUUUAACUGCUCGUCUUCAUCAUUUCUGACAGUUGAUGAAGAGUCUUUAGGUUCUGGACUGUUGGUUGGACCUAACAAGAACAUGUGAAGACGUCACUUUAGGUUCUGGGACAUUUUAUAGACUUUGUGACUUUUGGAUUGAUCAGGAGAAUAACCAGCAAAUUGAUUAACAAAUAAUUGUAAAUUGCAGCUCUGUGACUUGAUAAUAAAAGAGUUAUAUAAAAUA